AUGGUGGAUAUUCUCGGUUCUCAGCCGACUGUGCUCAACAUCUUCGUAAUCCAGGAUUCAGAUAAUAUCCCGGUUGAUGUUUAUGCUGUUUUAAAAUACCCCCGUGUUCAGGAAUGGAAGCUGAAAACGUAUACUGAUAGUCAGGAGAUUGUGCAUUGCGCAUACUCUCGGAAGGAGUCUAUUGUUACACCGCUGCGACUAAAUGUCGCCCCCCUCCCACCCAGAUUUCAUGUUCUGUGCCUACCACCGGGGAGUGAAAAUCGGCGAGAACAAUCCAUCAACUCACGCUGGCCAAAAAAGUUAGGAGAACACGAGGAUCUUCGUAAAAUUCCUCUUGCGCACUAUCCAUGAAUACGACUUCCUAACGAGGUCGGUUCCGGAGAUGGAGGCAGCUACAGCAUUACAGAGUCCUUCCUUCUAACGGCCGUUAAAGAAAACGACGCAACCCUUCAUUCUACUUCGUAUUCCGAGCAGCCUGAGGUCGCUGAUUGUGAUGGCGUUCGAAAUGAAACAACCCAGUUUGCGGGCGACUUGGAGGCACCCUUCACACCAAAAUGCAAAGGCCCCGGUGAUGCAAGCAACUUUGAUGACUACGAGGAGGAGCCGCUCCGCAUUGCCACUACCGAGAAAUGCGUUAAGGACUUCGCUGACUUUUAA